UAAAUUUUUUAAGCGUGUUGAUUGGCUACAGAAUAGAAAAUUUUUUGAGUCUCUAGACUUUUUCUAUCCUGCAGCCAAUCAUGCUUAAAAAAUUUGUCGUACGACACGUGUAAUAUACCGGCCUUACACACACGCGCAAGCGCAUGGUUUUGAAAGAUUGAUGGUCGUGGAUGGUCGUAGUUUAAGUAGACUGUAUCGUCUACACAGUUUUCAAAGAAACGAAUACCAAUAUCGACUGACUUGACUUGGCAUUAUUGACACAGUCUGCGUAUUAUCGAAGUGAGAGUGGUGAGGAAAAGAUAGUUCAAAAUUAACAUGUAUUCAAUUGUUGAACUUAAUGAUGGAAUAAUUGCUAUUCCAACUAUUUGGUUAAGCGCAGACAAAAAAAGAGCUAAAUGGCCUCCAUAUGAUGACAGGAAAAUUUUUAAAGCUGUCUCGAAAAGAGAAGAACCUAAUGAAAAUUGGGAAUGUUUAAGUGUUAUAAAAAUUUUUGGAACUGCAUGUAAAAUAAUAAUGAAGUUUUUAUGUACAAUUAAUAUAAUAAUAUAAUAAAAUAUAAUUAAUAGUAUCAAAUAAUAAAAUAAUAUAUACAUUAUAAUAUACGAGUGAUAAAAAUACUUUUAUUCCAGCCGAUUAUGACAAUGCUAUGAAAAAAGUUUCUUUAGCAGAACAGAUAACUGAUAUUAGUGAUUCAGAAAAUGCAAAAAAGACUAGAAAAUCUCGUGCACGUCGUAUUCCAUCAUCAAGUGAGGAAUCUGAGAAUGAAAAACGUCCUCCAAAAAAAAAGAUUUAAAAAUAUUAGAAGUGCCGCAAAAAAAAAAUUGAACUCAACAUUCAAUAUCCAAAGUUUCCUUCAGCCUCUAGCAUCAUCAGAUCACCACUUACUAACAUUGAAAAUGAUAACCCAGUGUUGAGAAAAUAUGAUAGAAACAUAUCAGUUGUACAAGAGGCAAAUACUUCCGUGAAAACAUCCAAUAUUACAGAUACUUCUAUAGACACAAAUCACACAUUUUUAACGAGUAGUAGAAAAAAUGAUUUCUUAAUUGAUAACCCAGUGUUAAAAAAACAUGAUAGUAACACAUCAGUUGUACAAGAGGCAAAUACUUCCGUGAAAACAUCCAACAUUACAGAUACUUCUAUAGACACAAAUCACACAUUUUUUACAACUGAUGAAAAAAUGAAUUACUUAAUUGAAUUACAAAAAUUAUCUAUUAUAAAGGAAAAUAUUAUAAUAACAAAAAUUAAUAAUCUGCUAAAUUGUCUGGAUAAAUCAGGACCUGUAGAAAUCAAAGUUAAUGACAAAAAUGAAGAUAAUAUUGCUGAUCUACUUCCAAUUAAAGACUUGGAACAACUGGAAAACUUUGAAAAAGAAUUACAAAAUAAGGAAAUUUAUAAUCAAAUGGUAACUAAAUUAUACUAUCGAGGAGGAAAAAAUGUUGACGAAAUUGUGAACAAAAUAAUGAGUCUAAUUUUUACUAAUUCUUUAGCGUGUAGCUAUAGCUAUUUUGGAAAGAAAAAAAAGAAAGCAUUUUCUGAUUUAGUUUUAUGUAAAUGCAUUUUGGAUGCUAUUUAUCAUCAUAAAUUUGAUGUAAAAGAGGACUAUAUAAUAAAAAAAAUUGGAAUUUGGCUUGCCAACGCACCUACUCGUCAGGCUCGAGAAAACAUGAAGAAACAAAAUUUAGCAGUGAAAAAUAAAACAUCGCAGAAAGAAGACACCGACAUACUCGUCCUUUCGGGGAAUGAAACUGAAAGUUAAGAGAAAAAAUUAUAUCAAUGUUAUUUCUUUUUAUAUUAAAUAUUAUACAUGUAUGAAUGCGUUAUUUUUUUUUAUAUCUGAUAUUAUAUUAAUGCGUUAUUUUUUUCAAUAUCAA